GGAUGCUAUAAGUUUGCAAUCCACGAGUGCAGAAAGAACAGUUUCAGAACUGGAGGGUUAGGUGACUACACUUGCCGAGACAAAGAGAAAAGAAAUGUUGCGUACAGCCCGAUUAAAUGCAUCUUUUUGCUCAAAGCUAAGGAAUCUUAUAAGUUCUACUAACAAGCCAUCUGUAGUUUUUGCACAGCAGAGAAUGUAUACUGACGGAGGGACGAAUGACGAAGUUGUUUUGGAAACAGUAAACAAUGUUGGGACAGUCUUGCUAAAUAGACCAAAGGCUUUAAAUGCCUUAAACUUGCCAAUGAUAAGAGAAAUCUACCCUAAAUUUAAGAAAUGGGAUGAAGACAGCAAUGUCCAGCUGAUUAUAAUGAAAGGAGCUGGGAGUAAAGCCUUUUGUGCUGGUGGAGAUGUCAGGGCUAUUGCUGAAGCAGGGAAGAGAGGGGAAGACCUAACAAAGACAUUUUUCAAGGAAGAGUACAUGCUAAAUUACCAAAUAGGCACUUUAAAAACACCCUUUGUUGCAAUUAUUGAUGGAAUUACAAUGGGAGGUGGUGUUGGCCUUUCUGUUCAUGGAAAAUAUAGAGUGGCCACAGAAAAAACAAUAUUUGCAAUGCCAGAAACAGCAAUUGGCUUCUUUCCAGAUGUUGGUGGUGGAUACUUUCUGCCACGGUUGGAAGGAAGUCUUGGCUGCUAUUUGGCACUUACUGGACAUAGGUUAAGAGGAGUAGAUGUCUAUUUUGCUGGCGUUGCGACCCAUUUUGUUCACACAGAAUUAAUUCCUGAAUUAGAAAACCAGCUCCUAAAAUGCGACACUGGAAACGUAAAAGAGAUUUUAUCAGAAUUUCACUCAAAGAGUAUAGAGGCUAAUCAAACAUUCUCACUUACACCUUCUUUGGAAACAAUAAAUGAUAUCUUCUCAGCUUCAUCUGUCCAUGAUAUCUUUGAAAAAUUAGAGAAAAACCAAUCUGACUGGGCAAAAAAACAGCUCAAGAUUAUGAAAGCAAUGUCACCAACUUCAAUGUGUGUCACUUUGGAACAACUGAAAAGGGGUAAAGAGUUGUCACUAGGGAAUUUGUUGGCAAUGGAGUAUAGGAUGAGCCAGAAAUUCAUGGAAGGUGUUGAUUUCUAUGAAGGCAUAAGAGCAGUUCUUGUUGAUAAAGAUAACAAGCCCAUGUGGUCACCAGCAUCUGUUGAUGAUGUUAAUCCAGAUGAUGUAUCCAAAUAUUUCUUGCAUCUACCACCAGAAGAAGAGCUCGUACUUUGAAAGUCAUGUAUUAUCAAGUUACCCAAACAAAGAGAAUAAUUGGUUUAGUAUGUGCAAUGACAGUUUUUUAAUCUAAAAAAUGGCCUGAGUAGUGCCUCUUAGAAGUACCUGAAUUUAUGUUUGUAUUAUCUAGUGAAUAUCAAGGUGUCAAUAUGUUUGAGCAGUUGUGUGGGAAUAUUGUGUGGUAUCUCGAUUUUUAUCAUUUCAUCAGAAAAUGUAUGUUUACAA